AUGAGAAGCGAGAGAAGCAGUAUGAGCAAUUCGGGGAGGCUUUGUAACAUUGCAGGGGACCGCGAGGACGGGCUCUCUGCAGCUUUGAACCCAUUCAAUCCACUUACCGGAUUCAAGACAUCCCUCUUUGCCACUCUCGCCAAGCAAGAGGCCCAAAGCCGGCGGCCGUGCGAGUCUUGUGCCAGGUGGCCGUCAUGGCCCCGUUUUGGUAGAUUUGGCCGUGUGCAGCCGACCUCUGUGCCCUCCUUCAUCCUCUCAGCCGUCACCUAUGUCACCUGGAUCGAGACCCUCACACGGUCCAGGUCCGGAGCUCUGGGCACACCCUGCUCAACUUCCCAAAUGUUCACCCGUGGAGAUGGGACCCCUAAGUUCUCCAUUGAACUUCUUCGCCUAGAGGAUACCACUUGA